GCGCCUGCCGCGCCAGGCCCACGAAGCAACCAGGCCGAGGCUGGUCCGCGGCGCGCGCCGGCGACGCCCAAGUCCUGGACCAUCCACGACUUUGACAUUGGCCGCGAGCUCGGGCGUGGCCGCUUUGGCCAAGUGUUUCUGGCCCGCGAAAAGUCGUCGCGCAAGAUCUUGGCCAUCAAGAUCCUCACCAAGGAGCAGCUUCACUUGGGCGGCGUCGUGCAGCAGCUCAAGCGCGAGGUUGAGAUCCACUCGCGCAUUCGCCACCCGCACAUUCUACCGUUGUACGCGACGUUCCAAGACGACUCGAAAGUGUACCUCGUCCUCAAGUACGCACCCCACGGCGACCUCUUCACACGCCUCAAGAACGCGCCGUGCGGCCGGCUCGACGAGCGCGCGGCAGCCCGCGUGAUGGCCCAGCUCAUUAGCGCGAUCCACACGUGCCACCAGCACAACGUGGUGCACCGCGAUAUCAAGCCCGAAAACAUCCUCCUCGGCGCCGAGGAAGAAGUGCUUUUGGCCGACUUUGGCUGGUCGGCGGCCAACGUGACGGCAUCCAAUCGCCGCGAGACGCUCUGCGGCACGCUCGAUUACCUCUCGCCCGAGAUGCUCAACGGACAAAAAUACGAUGCGUCUGUGGAUAUUUGGGCCAUUGGCGUGCUCCUCUUUGAGCUCCUCGUCGGCAAACCCGCGUUCGAGUCCCACGACCAAAGCCAGACGUCGGAGCUCAUUUUAAACGCACGGUACCGCAUCCCGCUCUUUGUGUCGCGGGAGGCCAAGGACCUCAUCCGCCGGUUUUUGAAGAAGGACCCGGCCGACCGCAUCACGCUGGCCGAAGCCAUCGAGCACCCGUGGCUCCAGCGCUACAGCCAAGAGCGUGCGCGCACGCCGUCGGCGGCGUCGCCCAAGCCGAGUGCGCGGCAGCCGCGAUCGUCGUCGUCGUCGGUUGCGUCGUCCCGGGCCUAA